UCGAUACUUCUGUUGUUUUGUAAUACGCAAGAAUGCUGAGCGACCCACGCCCACGACGGCCGCGAUAGGAUCGCUUCGACAUAGUAGUCGUCAGUCAUAUCCGAAAUCGCUCGGCCGACCAAGAUGACGACAUCGAAAAUUCCGAUCGAGUUGAGAGAUAGCUAUAACCGAUUUCUGUCUUCAGAUCGCCAGCAAGAUCUCGUUCCCGACUGCGCGAUUGUAUCAAUUCCAGGAAUCGCUCGUUCAGAAAUAGGCAAUCGACAUGUCUGGAGCUACGGAUCGAACACCUCUGCUGGCAGACCGGCCCACAUCUCGGUCGACGAGCUAUGAUACGAUAGCUUCGGAAGAUGGCCAGGACAAGGCGCUCGAAUACAAUAUCGAUAUCAGCAAGAAGGAUUUCGUAUGGAUGCUUACUGGACUGUGGAGCAUCACCAUUCUUGCGAGCCUAGAUGGCACGAUCGUGGCCACCCUCCUCACUGAUAUUGGGAGCAGCUUCCAUAAGAGCAAUUUGAGUGGAUGGCUUGGAGCAAGUUACCUCUUGACCGUAUGUGCAUUCACACCCAUCUACGGAAGAUUGUGCGACAUAAUCGGUCGUCGAGGGAGCAUGAUGAUUGCGAUCACGUUCUUCGGGAUCGGCACGAUCGGCUGCGGCUUUGCUCCUUCAAUGGAAGCUCUCAUCGCCGCCCGAGCCAUCGCUGGGAUGGGUGGAGGAGGACUGACAUCGAUCGGCAGUAUCGUAGUCUCGGACGUCGUACCGCUGAAACGACGUGGACUGUAUCAAGGAAUGGCCAACUGCUUUUUCGGGCUAGGAGCUGGCCUCGGGGGCCCCCUUGGUGGUUUCCUGAGCAGCAACAUCGGGUGGAGAUGGGCAUUCAUCAUUCAGAUACCCAUCCUCUUGAUUUCAGCAAUUCUCGUAUGGCUAAAGGUACACAUCCCUCUCAAGAACACGGGGGAAACGCCCAGGCAGAAGCUCGCCAAGGUGGAUUUCCUCGGGUCGAUCACGCUGGUCAGCGCAGUCUCCUGUCUGCUGGUCGGGAUGACGCUCAAAACAAGCGCGGAUACCGAGUUGCCUUGGAGCGAUCCGAAAGUCUGGGUGUUGCUUUUAGUCAGCGGAAUCUUUGCAAUCGCCUUCGUCUUGGUCGAGAAAUACGUUGCCAAGGCCCCGUUGAUGCCUAUGAGGCUGGUAACACAACGAACCCCUGCAGCAGUCGCUUUGAGCAAUUUUUUGCUCUCGGCCAUGGCGUUCAGUGCACUAUACAAUUACCCUCUGUUCUUCUCUGCGGUCAAGUUGACAUCUUCGGCUGUCGCUGGAGCACACCUGGUUCCUAAUAGUAUCGCCCUGGCUCUAGGCUCGGUAGCAGCCGGCGCAUACAUGCGAGCCACGGGGAAAUACUGGUGGAUGACCUCGUUCAUGGCCGGUCUUGCGGUCGUAUCGUCUCUCGCCAUGACCCAGUUCACGGUUGAUAGCCCAGAUUGGCUCCUGUGGAUCGCGAUCGUUCCAAACGGGUUUGGGGUGUCGGGGGUUAUCACGAGUACUCUGAUCGCUUUGAUCGGGUCCGUCAAGACGGAAGAUAUGGCCGUUGCGACCGGGAUUUCGUAUAUGUUCCGGACGACCGGACAGGUGAUCGGGGUUGGCAUUACUAGCAGCAUUGCGCAAUCUAUAUUGACGAAGCAGUUGACUCGGACGCUCACGGGGCCCGACGCCAGCGAGAUAAUCACCCGUAUCCGCCAUUCGACCUCGUCCAUCGCCGAGCUCGAUCCUGCUACCCGCACCCUUGCUGUCGACGCAUACUCGCAUGCUCUGCACGCCGUAUUCUGGGUCCAGGUAGGACUAGCCGUAGCGGGACUAUUGGCUUGUAUGGGGAUGAGGGAAGUUCAUCUGCCUGAUAAAGGCCCUGCCAGGUCGAACCAGCGAAAGAACGAUGCGAUUCGAGCUGGGAUAGAGGAAUAGAGAGGUUGAAAGGUGGAACAUGAAAUGCUUCCGCCGGCUACCGGUUCUUUUUUGUGCUUAUAAAUAGAACAUGCUCAGUACUGCUUUCUCGUGG